AUGGCAGCCCGGAUGCACCAACCUACCUAUUUUCCUCCGAUCAAUCCGGAAGAUGCUCGAGACGGACCGAUCACAAUAUCAGCUGUGAUUGCAGGACAUUUGGUCCGACGAAUUUACGUAGACGGGGGAAGCACCUUUGAGAUAAUGUAUUUGCAAUGCUUUCAGCAGCUGAACCCCCAAACAAGAAAGAGAUUAAUCGAGGUGUCUACCCCUCUAAUAAGUUUUUCGGGAGAGGUGGUUCGUCCGAUAGGGCAAAUUACCCUUCCGACCACGUUUAAAGAUAAUGACAGAAGCAGAACUGUUCAGUUAACCUUUCUGGUUGUUGGUACUCAUUCGUCGCAUAACGUAAUACUCGGGCGACCUGGGUUACGAGCUCUUGGAGCAAUCAGUUCAACAAUACACGGCGCCAUAAAAUUCCCCACCGAAGCAGGGGUCGCCACUAUCUUUUCGGAGUCAAAUUCGUUCGUCGCAGAGGUAAGGCACGCAGCAGAAACAAGCUCCAAAAAAUCUGAAGUACCUACGGAACUUUGGGCGAUUAAUCCGGAAUUCCCGGAGCAGCAAGUGGCUAUCGGUGCUCAGCUCCCAAAACGAACAAAGAAGCUCCUAUAG